AUGGCGAGUCGCCGCUCGAAGAAGCAGCCCGAGGCCGGCGGUAAAGCCGGCCUCGCGUACAUCGUCGCCGCUGUCGCGGUGCUCAUCGCGAUCGCCGUCAAGUUCGCGCCUCCUGGUCUUCUGAACGACGUCGCGUCCUCCUCAUCCGCGUCCGGCAAUGCGCGCCGCGCGAUGACGAUCGAGGGAUCGAGAAUACCGGCCAUCGAAGCCUUCGACGCGUCGGGCGGCGUCGUCGCCGUCGCGAAGGACGACGGUCCUUACGACGCGGCGCUCGUCAUCGGCUACGGCGUAGACAAUAAGUUCCCGUCCACGCCCGCUCUCGAGUCGCGAACGCUGCUCGGCGCGCAGCUCUUCUGCGCGAAGAGCGCGAAGAACCUCAUCUUAACCGGCGCUCCCGUGGACUACUCGUGGGAGAACGUCUCCCCCGCGGAGACGAUGCGCCACUUCGCCGAGAAGCUCAUCGCCAACUACACCAAGACGGAGUACGUCCACGACUCGUACCCCAAGUGCCCGCUCCCGGGGUUCGGAUACGUCUACCCGGGCCCGCCGGAGGGCGCGUCCAAGGAUGGCCGGGGCGAGCACAGGCGCAUCCGAGAGCUCACGGGCAACUCGGGCGGUUGCGAGCACCGCGCGAGGCGGCACACGUGCGUCGGGAAGAAGUUCACGUGGGUGCUCGAGGAGGCGAGCAUGAACACGCGGGAGAGCGCGAUAUUCUCGUUCGAGGAGGCGAAGAAGAGGGGCUGGAGCAAGAUCGUAAUCGUCGCCAACGACGAUCAGCUGCGAACGGCAAAGGUGUACGCAUCCGUAGCGGAGGAGAUGGCGGCGGCGGAUCCGGAGGCGGCGAUGACGAUCCGCGUAGCGAGGACGCCGGAUUGA